CAUAAUAUUAUGCAACGUAUAGACCGGCGCGCUCAGUCCAUGGUAGAGCAGAUGUAAGGAAACUCGUCUAUGUGAACAUAUUUAGUUUUUCCGUAGUGUUUUUAAAAUAAAAUUAUACAGGAUGUCGGUACUACGGUCAAUAGCAGUUUUCCUCUGCGGUCUCUUCACAUUGACCACGGUCAGUGCGCAAGUGCUGCUCCCUGGUGGAUGCCCCGAUGUAUCCGCCAUGACUGACUUCAUUCCUAGUAGAUACCUGGGAAAGUGGUAUGAAGUAGAGAAAUAUUUCGCCAUAUUCGAAUUGGGUGGUAAAUGCAUCACAGCUACAUAUUCUGAAAAGGACAAUGGAGCCAUCGCGGUGCAUAAUCAACAAGUUAAUACAUAUUCCGGCGUAAAAUCAGGAAUUCUUGGUGUAGCUGUGCAAGUCAGUCGAUCUGAUGAAGCCAAGCUGAGCGUUCGGUUCCCGUCGUUGCCUGUGGAUAUACCUGCUCCCUACUGGGUGCUUGAAACUGACUAUGAUAAUUACUCCUUGGUGUGGAGUUGCAUGGACUUCGGGUUCAUGCAUGCAGAAAUCGCCUGGAUCCUCACGAGACAAAGGAAUCCACCUCUCAGUGUUUUGGAGCAAGUCUACGCAGCAGCCGAUAAGAAUAACAUCAGUCGAGCCUAUUUCAUGAAAACUGAUCAGACCAAUUGCCCUGAUGAUAACGAGGAAUAAAUAAUAGAUUAUUUAUAUAAUAUUACCUUGAUUGAGAACACUCACAUUGGCUGAAUUUUGGUCAUGUAAUUUUCUUUUAAAUCGAUAGCCAGUGAUGGCAAAAAAAAUUAAAUUAUAGUCUGUAGAGGCGCUAGUUUCUUGGUAGAGAAUGGUUCAGUAUUAUAUUUGACCACAUUUGGUUUAAGGUUUGGUAAAAAAUCAUGAUUAUUUUAAGGGUAAUUUUAAUAAAAUUUUUGUCAACAAACUAUGAAUAUGUACUUAAUGAUUACGAUUAUUGGAUGCAUUCGGAAAUUACAUCAUUACCUUAUGAUUAAUUUUGUCUGUUGAUAAAAAUUUUCACUUUCUAACUACUUAGUUGGAAUAUAGGUAAAUAAUAAUUUUACACUUCACAAAUAAUUUAAAUAUUACGUCACACUAAAAAACCGUGUGUAAGAUCAUUAAGUUUUUUAUAUUUUUUGCGGUAGAUGGCAAAAAGUGGCCUUGGUAGCCAAAACAUCCUGCUGUAUACAUUUAUAGGUUUAUUGUUAAUAACACAAUAAACUCGCUAUUAAUGGCCUGACUUUGCAAUUUAACUAUUACUAAAAAAAGUUAACUGUAAAUUUGAUUAUAAGGCCAAGCCAUCCACGUAGACUAUUGUUAAAAAUUGUUUAUGGUAUGUUUAUUGUAUAUGGUACAAAUAUUAUGUCAUAGCUAUAAUAAUAUGAUCAAUGGGGCCCUAUGACUAAUUUUGUAGCGUUUAUUUCAAUUUAUAAGUAAAUACAUAUACUCUUGUCAUAACUUUAAUGUAUUACAUCUAUAUCAGUAAGGAUAAAACUAGUUCAACAGUACCUAACUGUAACAAGUUUACGUAGCGAGUAAAGUAUACAUGUAAAUUUACUAUUUAUUUUAAUAUAUCAUUUCAAUUGA